AUGGAAUACGACCCCAAAACCCCGCAGUACCUCACCUCCGAUCCGUCCAGCUUUGGUUACGUCUCCGCUCGCGAGCGUUGGCCGGUCAUCAUCACCAGCGCAAUCGAUGAUCUUCACCGCACCGUAGCCGACGUCACCGACGAGGAGAAACGCAAGGAGGGCAAGGCUAUCAUUGAGGAACUCGCGAAGUUGAAAUAUGAGAUCCAGCAUGACAGGAAGCUGACACCGCUUCCCGACGAUGGCGAGCCAGGUAUUGCCGAGUAUAAUAAGGAAUUGGAGCAGCGAGGAACGCCCUCAUGGCAGAAUGCUUCGUGGUUGUUCUCGGAAUGCUAUCUUUACCGGCGCAUCAGUACCCUCUUUGCAAUGUCCAAGAAGUGGAAGGGCUACGAUGUUUUCUCCCGGCAGAAGAUGUCUACAUUCAAGUCGUCACGUCCCGCUGUACUCGAGCUAGCUGCGCGCUACCAUGAGCUCGCGCUUCAGGCACAGAAAGGCAAGGGAGUGGACGGCAAGGCGGCGGAGGAGAUCGAGCAAACCGAUCGAGUGCUCUUCUCUGAAAUGUGCGAGAUCUGCCUGUGGGGUAACGCGACAGAUCUUUCUCUUUUGACGUCUCUCACAUACGAGGAUAUCCAGAAGCUGCAGGGUUCCAAGGCGCGCAAGGCGGCCGAGGAGAAUAUCCUCGUCAACGAUCUGGACGCCGCCUUUGAUGUUCUCGCCAAGGCGCAGAAGGAGAAGAAGGACGGCGAGCGCCGUGUUGAUAUUGUGCUUGAUAACUCUGGCUUUGAACUGUUCGUGGAUCUCAUCCUGGCCGGCUACCUCCUCUCGGCGGGCCUAGCGACAACCGUGGUACUCCACCCCAAGGUGAUCCCGUGGUUCGUGUCGGAUGUUACUCCGCGGGACUUUAUGGAUUUACUGAACGCUUUGGCCGACGCACAAGGCUUCUAUACGGCCCCGGACGACACAGGACGCGAGUACGAGCCACUCACCGAGAAGGAACUGGCCGAGGUGAGGUUCCUGUUUGAGCAGUGGAGUGAAUUCCACAGCGAGGGAAAACUGGUCAUCCGUCCGCACGCUUUCUGGACCGCUGGAGGCUCCUACUGGCGCAUGCCGUAUGUCGCACCCGAUCUGUUUGAGGAUUUGAAGCAGAGCGAGCUUGUCCUGUUCAAGGGCGAUUUGAACUACCGGAAGUUGACCAACGACGCUGCCUGGGACCCAACAACCCCGUUUACAACAGCCAUCGGCCCUCUCGGCCCCAGCUCCGGUAUCCGCAUCCUCUCCUUCCGCACCUGUAAAGCAGAUGUCGUUGUGGGUCUGAAGCCAGGUGAAGACGAGAAACUCCGUGAGACGCAAGGCGGGAACGACCCUAAGGCCCGUAAAUGGGCUUGGGGCGGCAAGUAUGCCGUCAUCUCUUUCUGUGACGGCAAAGCCUAA